GGUCCCCCAGUCCCCAGAGAAGCCUGGCCAACUCCACAGGACCCCGCCGGGAAGAAAAACCCACCCCCUUGCCAAUCACCGCCCGUUUUCCAUCGACCGAUGGGACCUGCAGCCAAUAGAAAGAGCUGAUCCCGAGAGCUCAGGAAUGAUGAGGCGGGGCUGGAGAAACUCAGUGUGACUCCACCCUCGAGGAGUGGUCACGGAGCAAGCUCCUCCCUGCGCCGCGGAACCCAAAGCAGAACUGGUGGGCGGGACUAAGGUGACACCUACAACCAAAUACAAACCCUUAAGAGCAGGCGUGGCCAAUAGAACUAAGGGGAGGGAUGUUGCGGAGGAUUCUAACCAGUAGAGAGUUAAAGGCUGGUGAGACUGUAGAACACCGUCCAAUAAACAUCGCGAGGGGCGUGCCCUGCUGGUUUCUUCAGGGGCGGUGUAGGGAGUAAGGCUAAAGAGGCAGGAGGCGGAGCCAAGAUUGGCCAAUCAGAAAUCCAGAAUGGUCUCCGCACCGUUACUUGGGCGGGGCGUGAGUUCUCCUGACCAGUAAACUUUCAUCAGGGGAAGGCUUUGGAGGCUUCCAAUGCGGGCGGUGGGCCAGCUCCCCUUCUCCCAAUCAGUGCUCAGUGCUGGCAAUUCAAACUGACAGCAGGUGAGGAAGGCACAGAGCGGAAGAGGGAGCAGAAAACGGCGUUGGUGACAGAGACCCUUUCUCCGAUUGAGUCCCAGAGCUGACCUCUGCUCACCCCCCCACUGACGGCACCGCACAGUCCAGAGCGGCCGCUCCGGGAGAACCCUGAGGGGACGACGGGAGAGCGAAGAAAGGAGCGCCCGGAGGAGCAGCGCGAGCCGGCACGCCAGGGCCUGGCUGCGGGGACCCGCAGGGCGGGGCGGGGCGCGGCGCUGGGGGCUCACUGAGGAGAGUCCGAGUCCUGAGAAGUGAGGGAAAGUCCCCCGCGAGGAGGCGUGAACUGGGAUCCGUGGAGGAACUGCGGCGCCCGAGGCAGGGACUCGAUGCUGGGAGGGGACGGAUUCCUGGAGGCGGAGGAGAAGCUUUAAAGGAGCCUGCUAGAGCGAGCUGAGGGCAGAGCCCAGGGGUUAAGCCGGAGGAGCUGAGUCCUCCUCCACCCCGAGUCUGAAGGAAAGCUGAAUUGGCUUUUUUCUCUCCAGUGCAGACUCAAUAAAGCCAGAGGCCUCAUUUCCUCCCGCACACUUUAGGGCUUAGAACUCGAGGCCCCUCACAAUUUGGUCUUUCGCCCGAGGGACUCCCCACGGGGAAGGGUUUUACUCCUGUUUGCACUUCCGAAACCUCACACCGCCUCCUGGUCGGAACGCCAUGUCUGCCAGCAUUUGUAGUUUCAAGGACCGGUGCGUGUCCACCCUGUGUUGUAAAUUCUGCCAGCAGGUGCUCAGCUCUAGGGGCAUGAAGGCUGUCUUGCUGGCUGAUACUGAAAUAGACCUUUUCUCUACAGACAUCCCUCCUACCAAUACAGUGGACUUCAUUGGGAGAUGCUAUUUCACUGAAAUCUGCAAAUGUAAACUGAAAGACAUUGCCUGUUUAAAAUGUGGGAACAUUGUAGGUUAUCAUGUGAUUGUUCCAUGUUGUUCCUGCCUUCUUUCCUGCAAUAAUGGACACUUCUGGAUGUUUCACAGCCAAGCUGUUUAUGGUAUCAACAGACUAGAUCAUACUGGUGUAAACUUCCUACUUUGGGGCAAUUUGCCAGAGACCGAAGAGAGUAUGGAGGAAGACAUGUUAGAUAUCUCAGCAGAGGAAUGUAUUAGAUGAGUGGAACUAUGAUAACUGUUAUUAGCAAUGUUUUUCCUAUUUAAGAUAUAUAUAUAUAUAUAUGUGUGUGUGUAUAUAUAUAUACAUAUAUGGAUUAUCUUUAUGAUUGUUAAUAAGGAUUUGCCAGUGACUCCUUUUUUUAAAAAAAGGGGGGGACAUUUCUUGAUUGAUUGAUUUGCUGUCUCAAAUUAAUUACCUCAGUUUAAUUUAAGCUAAUGAAGUCAUUUUCUUGUACUUCUAUUUCUUUUUCCUGUCUCCACCCCUUACCCCAUAUAUGUGUAUCCUUAAAUUCAGAGACAAUUUUUUCAUUUGUUAUUUAGCUACUUCUGGUCUGGGUGUUCUUACAAUCAAAUUUAGAUACUGUUAAUUUUACAUAUUUGAGUACGGGGUAUUAGUGCCUAUUCUUUUUUUUUUUUUAAUUUGUGAUUUAAUAAUGUUUGACAAGAUUGUGGUUUAAGAGUGGUACAAUUCCAUACAAUACCCACCACCAUCCCCUCCACUGGAAACUUCCCCAUUUUUUAUCUCUCUGGGAUAAAUGGAAGGUUCGACUUCUGUAACUGCUUCUCUGCUGAACAUAGAUGUUGGCAGGUUGAUAUAUAGCCCCAGCCUGUUCCUGUCUUUCCCUAGUUGGGUAGGACUCUGGGGAGGUGAGGUUCCAGGACACCUUGGUGAGGUCGUCUGCCCAGUGCCUAUUCUUAAAUUAACUAUCUAUAUAUUAUUGCAUGUAAUAGUGCAUACAUAUGUCAAACUCAAGUGGAAAUGAAGACUUAACAUGGAAUUUUAAAACAGGCCAGUAGGUUAUAUGGAUAUUAUUUAUGUUAAAGUAGUGAUAAGUCCUUUAAGACUAAGAUGGAGUGAGACUACAAAUCAGCAGAUCGUUUAAGUGAAAACUUUUUUAAAAAUAUGU